AUGUUUAUCAAUAUAAAAUUUGUACCAGAUGGGUUCUUAUGCCGUUUGGAAGUCGACCCUUAUUACACGGCAUUCAGUAUCAGGGAAAAAAUUGAAACACUAUGUUUUGUAUCUCGUAACAAUCAAACACUUGUAUACGAAUCCGUUAUUUUAAAGGACAACGAUUUUCUUGAAGACCAUGAUAUUGAAGAGUACAGCAUGCUCAGUUUAAUUACAGAAGGGCCUGGCUUAAAAUCAUAUAAAAUACAAGUUAUAACACCUCGAAAAAUUGAAUUGAUGGUUAAAACUUUUUACCGCGUCGAAUAUAUAAAAUUAAUGUUGAUGGCAAAAACUGGUAUUCCUGUCUAUUCGCAACGUCUAACAUUUAAAGGUUUCACUUUGAAAGAUGAAAAUGAGUUGUGUUAUCACAAAAUUUUUCACGAUUCUACAAUACACUUGAUGAUUGGAAUUCAAACUACAAUGAAUAUAAAUAUAAGGAUAGUUCCCGACGGAUUUUUAUGCAAGCUGGCAGUUGACCCUUGUUACACGGUUCUCAGUAUCAAGAAAAAGGUCGAAAGCUUUUAUGGUGUACCUCGCGACAAACAAAUACUCGUAUAUGAAUCCGCUAUUUUAAACGACAACGAUUUUCUUGAGGACUACGAUAUUCAAGAAGAUAACACUAUCCGCCUAGUUGCAGAAGGAUUAGGAUCACAAUUCCUUAAAAUAGAAAUCGUAACGAUGACUGGUGCUAUCAUUGAAAUGCAGGUCAAAUCUUUUUACCUAGUCGAGGAUCUAAAAUUGAUGCUGAUGGCAAAAUCAGGUAUUCCUCCCCACCAACAACGUCUAAUAUAUGCGGGUCGACAAAUGGAGGACGAAAGAAAUCUAGCAUCUUAUAGAAUUGAUACCGGUAGUACCAUUCAAUUGGUACUUAGACUGGGCGGUAGUUAAUUCAUAAAGUGUUUAUGGCCUCAAACGACGGCUUUGAUAAAUUCAAAUAGCAGACUUAAUAAAUAAUGAUAAAGUGGCGGUUUUGAAAUUAACAAA